UGUCUAUUCAUUUCCCCUCUCUCUCUCUCUCUCUCUCUCUCUCUCGCUGUCCCUUAUAACCUUACUAUUUAUGCCUUGAUUUUUUGUUUUUGCCUUUUUUGGCCUUCUCUCUUUCCUUAUUAUUCUCGCCUUCCAAACAGACUAUCUAGUCAUGAAUUACUCAAAGAAUUUCUGGUUUCUUGGUUAACCAAAAUGGUUUUUGGUGGUUUGGGGCUGUUUCUGGAUCUCUGAAUAUUUGCUGGAAUUUAUGUGAAAUUAUUCGAGGAGGGGUUCUAGGGUUCUCUACGGAUGUAACUUUUUGUCUGAUGCCUAUGCCUUCUCUGUCCAUUGCUGUUUAUGGGCAGGGCAGAGAGCAAUUGUGUAGAGGGUAAGGAUGGAAGAGGAGAUGGUAUCUGCUGUGAGGAGUCAGGAGAAUAACAUAGAGGACCCAAUGUUUGUGGAAAUGGAAACCGAAGAGAAUGAAAUUGACAGUCCGAGGAAGGAAAUUGAAGGUUUUAUGUCAGAGCAAGGUGAGGGAAGUAACGUGGUAUUCUCUAGAGAAGGACCUCUUGUGAGGAAAGAAUCGAGAUCAUCCAGCGGGUGUUGUUGCAGUGUCAAAAAGCUCAAAUCCAGGGUGGUUGCUGCAGAUUCUGAGGUUGGAAAGAAUGAGAAAUUUGUACAUGAGAAGAAGCUCAGUAGACAAGAGAGGAUCGAUUUAGGUCGGUUGUUUCAGGGUGCAGUAAGUUCUCAUGAUUGGGAGCUUGCGGAGAAUUUGAUCUUGUUGGCAGAUCCACAAACUCUUAAUGAUGCCUUGUGCAUCACGUUGGACUCCAUCUGGUUCCUGACCGCACAGCAAGAGCUUCAUGGGAUAACGGGAUUGAUUAAGAAGAUCAUUGCCAAUGGUGCUUAUGACUUUACAAGAGCCGCUCUUAGGACUUCAUUUCUUGCUUCUUGCGUCUCUGCCUGCCAGAGCCGAACAAUGAGUCUUGCAGAUACAGUCACUGUUAUGGCUCAAAGGUUGCAUGAGCGUCUUCAGGAAUGUAAUGGAGAUGAGGUAUUGAAGGCAGAAGCUGGUGCUAAGGUUCAAAAGUUUACUGAAUGGGCUCUGAAAUGUAUAGGCUUCCAUUCUCGUUGCCAAGGCAAUAAGGAUAGAGUGAGUCACAGCUCAGCGGUUGAGAUCCAACUCCAGUUAUCUGCAUUCAAGACAUUUUUAGAUCUUGUUGGCAACCAACUUACAGGGAAGGACUUCACGGAGGCCUUUGAUGCGGCCUGCUUCCCCCUUACUCUCUUCUCUAGCUCAUUUGAUCCUGGUUGGGCAUCUGGGAUAUCAGCAACUGCAAUACAAGGAUUGCUGGGGAUGUUGGUAGAGGGGGGCGCUGACAAUGUCAAUCAAUGUUUCCUUGAAGCCUCACGUUUUGGGAGUACAGAACUUGUGCGCAUUUUAUUGCAGAUUGCUCAAAGAAACAGCUUGGAUGUUGAUGUUGACCUUGCUUUGGGCUUUGCUUCCCACUACUGCAAGAUUGGCACAAUGGAAUGUCUGGUGGAAGAGGGUAAUGCCAUUGCUUUUUUGGGCCCUUUGAUGAGAGCUGCUGAGAGGGGUUGUAUGCAGGUUGUUGAGUGGUUUGUGAAAAGAGGUUGCCGAGAGAUGGAGCUUUGUCUUGCCCUCACAGCUGCCACUUCAAGCAGCCAAGUAGACAUUGCUGCCUAUCUUCUCCCUCAUGUCCCGCAGCAUGUCCUUGCGGCACUCAGCAUCGAGAUUCUCAAGGCUGCUGGUGAACGCAGUGGCGGGUCUCUUGAUGGUGUAGCAUUUCUGCUCCAUUCAGACUUCUUAGGUGAUCCAGCAGCUACUUACGCUGUUGCAGACAGUAUCGCUAGGUCUGACGACGAGGCUGUAGCUCCUGAGCUAAGGUCUUUUCUUCGAGAGCAUUGGUCAGAGGCGGCUUUCAUCGAUGGAUUAAGGCAAGGACGAGAGCAUUACAUGAACCUUGUGAGGAUUUUGAAGUGGGGUGGAUCUCCUAUUUGCUUAAGAGAUCUUCCAGGCCCUCUGAGGGUGGCAAUUGCUUACCUGCCACUGUAUAGGGAAAGUAUCAAGGCAGGUGGCUGUAUGUUAUCCCAAAGGCUAAGAGGCCAGCUUGUUGAAGCAGUGAGAAGGCUUGGAGGUGGGGUCUUAGAAGAGUUGAACCAGGGCAGAGAACUCCUGGCUGUUUUGGAGCACCAUCUUCCUCCAUUUUUGGUUCAUACAUCCAGCAUUGCGUAGCAAGAUUUUGCCAUCAGAUCUCUCAGAUUUUUGCUCCCCACCCUUUUUUUCUUCUUCUUUUGUUUCCAACCUAUAUGUGCCAUAGAUAAUAAUAAUACGACGUUUUUAGCUGGGGAUCGGGUGACGACGUAGUAUUCAAGGUUUGCCAAUUUUCUUGCCAUCCUAUGUGCUUGGCUUAUAUUUUAGGUCUCCCUGCACACUUUCUAUAAUAGCAUGUACCAUCUGAUGUGCAAGCUGAUCUAUCGUGUAAGACAAAGUGCAACUAUUGUCACAAGGGUUGAAAUAUAAUGAUGGGUGUGUAUAUUGGCUA